CAACUGGAUUGAAGCGCCGUAUCCGAUUCCUUGGAGUAGCAUUCCCCUUUAAGCCCGCAGUCCUGCUGAAAGAUAGCCCAUUGUCUUAAGUCCACCCAUCUGUGGGGGUGGCUCUGAGAAAGUUUGCAGGGAAAAGUUUUCAAGCUGUCACUGGCUGUUGGUGGGACACUGAUGGAGGACAGAGGGGACAGCUACUCGCAAGCAAACGUUAACACCGACAGACAAACAAGUUAAAAAAGAAAAGAAAAGAGAGAGAAUGCAGCAGAGACAGUCCGUGGAUGCAGACCAUGUUCAAGCCUUACUCUGAGGAGUUUGUUGGGACUGUCACAGUUUAAGUGCAUGGUCGCAACAAAGCGAAAAUUGCACCCAGCCCAGAUGGAAAUAAUUUGACAAUCGACACGGUGUCAGAAAGGCGUUAAAUGUUUCUUAAAUAUAAGCUACCGUCCUGACAAAAUGACCCGUUUGGACUGCGGGUUUCGACAAGGAGGCUCUCCCAUUCACCUCUUCAUCGCUCUCCUCACGCUCCUGGAAAACUGCAAGACAUUGGGAUUAGCUCCAGAGCCAGCUUUGACAGAGAGAUUUCUGCAGGAUCUCCCUCAGUAUGAAGUGGUUCACCCCACCAGAGUGGAUGCCAGAGGUCACUUCCUGUCCAACUUCCUGUCCCACCAUGCUCGCCGUGUACAGCGACGGGAAGCCUCAGAGGGAACGGCGGACGCAGAUCGAGUCUUCUACCAGUUGUGGCACGGCGGCCACAGUUUGCACUUUAACCUCACCCUCAACCCUCACCUGCUAGCUCCUGGCUUCCUGACGGAGAGGAGGUAUGGUGGGCUAGAUGGAGCUCAGAUCCAUCCUCCUGGAUCCUCGCGGUGCCACUUCUUAGGUGAAGUGUGGGAUGAGGCCAUUGGUAAAGGCAGCGCGGCCCUAAGUACCUGUGAUGGACUGACAGGACUGUUCAAGUUGUCUGAUGAGGAGUUUUUCAUUCAGCCUCUAGAGAAGUCGAUCGAUGAGACCUCUGCACCUCAGGCCCACGCCAUCUACAAACGCCACGUGUCCCCUCCCUCCUGGAGUCCAGUCAUACAGCCCAUCUCAGGGAAACAACCUCUAAACGGUACCUGUGGAAUCAAAAAUUCCCAUCAAAGGUUUGAAGACAUUGAGAGACAGCGGGAGCGGUGGGAGCACCGGCAGCAGGGAAGAAGGAGGAGAAUUCGUCAGCGCUCAGUCAGCAAAGAGAAGUGGGUGGAAACGCUGGUGGUGGCCGACCCGAAAAUGGUGGAGCACCAUGGGAGCAAAGCUGUGGAAAGCUACGUCCUCGCUGUCAUGAACAUUGUGGCGGGUCUGUUCCGAGAUGCCAGUAUUGGAAACGCAAUCAACAUUGUGGUUGUUCGACUCAUCCUACUGGAGCAGGAUGAGGAUGACUUAAAGAUUACACACCAUGCUGACAACAGCUUGAACAGCUUCUGUAAGUGGCAGAAGAAGCUCAACAUGAAGGGGGAGGAACACCCGCUGCACCACGAUGUAGCAGUUCUUCUCACCAGGAAGGACAUCUGUGCAGCCAUCAACAUGCCCUGUGAGACUCUGGGUCUGUCCCAUGUGGCGGGGAUGUGUCAGGCACAUCGCAGUUGCAGCAUUAGUGAGGACACUGGGCUCCCGUUGGCCUUCACUGUAGCUCACGAGCUGGGACACAACUUUGGGAUUCAGCAUGAUGGCAACGGUAAUGACUGUGAACCCAUUGGGAAACGACCUUUCGUCAUGUCUCCACAGCUCCUGUACGGCACAUCCAUGCCCAGGUGGUCACGCUGCAGUCGCCAGUAUAUCACCCGCUUUCUCGAUCGCGGCUGGGGCUGGUGCCUUGAUGAUGCGCCAGGGAAGGAUAAGCUGUCUCUGAACUCGGUGCUUCCCGGGGUUCUGUACAGCGCUGCCCAUCAGUGUCGGCUGCAGUACGGCUCUGGGUCCCUGCUCUGCGAUGACAUGGACAAUGUAUGCAGCACUCUGUGGUGCACUGUGGGAACGACCUGCCACUCAAAGCUGGACGGGGCUGUGGAUGGGACCAGUUGUGGAGAGGACAAGUGGUGUGUCAGUGGAGAGUGUGUGGCAACUGGAUUUCAGCCAGAGAGUGUACAUGGAGGCUGGGCAUCGUGGGGCGAGUGGUCGGCCUGUUCCAGGACGUGUGGGGCUGGAGUUGAGAGUGCCCAGAGAGACUGUGACAACCCAGUGCCGAAGCACAGAGGCAAAUAUUGUUUGGGAGAGAGACAGAGGUACCGGAUCUGCAACACCACACCGUGUCCUCAGGACGUGCCCACCUUCAGAGACAUACAGUGUGGUCACUUCAACAGCUUACCAUACAAGGGCAAGUUCUAUAAGUGGGAAGCAGUCAUCAACAGAGUCAGCCCUUGUGAACUGCACUGCCGUCCACUGAAAGAAUUGUUUUCUGAUAAGAUGAGGGACGCUGUCACUGACGGGACGCCGUGCUACCAAGGCAACAAAAGCAGAGAUAUGUGCAUCAAUGGCAUCUGUAAGAAUAUAGGCUGUGACUUUGGGAUCGACUCCGCUGCUGUAGAGGAUCGCUGUGGGGUGUGUAACGGUAACGGAUCCACCUGUACGACAGUGAGGAGAACAUUUGAGGAAACCGAAGGACUUGGCUAUGUGGACAUUGGACUGAUCCCAGAGGGAGCCAGGGACAUCCGCAUUGAGGAGGUGGCUGAAGCUGGGAAUUUUUUGGCGCUACGAAGUGACAACCCAAACAAGUAUUUUCUGAAUGGUGGCUGGACCAUACAGUGGAAUGGAGAGUACAAGGCAGCCGGGACAGUAUUCACCUAUGAGAGGACAGGACACCUGGAGAACCUGACGUCUCCUGGGCCCACCAUGGAACCACUGUGGAUUCAGCUUCUGUUCCAGGAGACCAAUCCAGGGGUGCGGUACGAGUAUACAAUCAGUCAAAAUGUCUCAGAGGAUAACAACAUCCCUACGUCAGUUUUCUUCUGGAAAUACGGUUCAUGGACUGAAUGCAGUGUAACCUGUGGAACAGGUGUUCAGAGGCAGAUGGUUCACUGUGUGGAAAAGACUACUGGGAUAGUGGAGGAGCAGUUCUGUGACCCUUUAACCCGACCUGACGAUAACAGAACCAGCUGUAACAAGGAUCCAUGUCCAGCCAUAUGGUGGGUCGGAGAGUGGCAGAAAUGCUCAGCGAGCUGUGGGAGCUCGGGCCAGACCAAAAGGACAGUGAUCUGCAUCCAGGCAGUGAGUGCGGAGGAGCAGAAAGCUCUGCAGUCCAGCGAAUGCGAACAUAUACCCAAACCUGAGUCACUGUCGUCCUGCAACACACACAUCCCCUGCCCAGCAGACUGGAGCACCAGCAGCUGGUCAAAAUGUUCACUGACUUGUGGAAGCGGAGUUCGUCGCCGUAAUGUAACCUGCUCCAGAAACACGGGUGUUGACUGUGACCCUCUGAAGAAGCCCCUCGCUGUCGCCACCUGCCUUAUCCAGGAGUGUCCACAAGUGGUGGAUAACUUUGGUGGUAUCGACUGGUCUGGAAGUGGCUGGUCGAGCAAAGAAGUGCUCAAUGAAAUAAACUCCAUUCCUGAAGUGAAACUUCCUCCCAAACACAGCACCACCAGAGCCCAGCCAAGAAGUAAUAAUAAUAACAUAGUGGAGGGAGAUUUUCACUAUCACAACAACAUCGAAAAUAUUAAUCACUCUCCAGAAAAGAGUGUUCAAGUUGAUGAUUUUUACUAUGACUAUAAUUUCAUUAACUUCCAUGAGGACUUGUCAGACGACUUUGAGAGCGAUGGAAAAGAUUCAGAAGAUGGAUUCAAAGCUCCACAACAGGCCGAACCAACUGGCAGCAUGAAAGAAAAUGCUUUAAUGGAAACUACAAGAGCUCCUUUAGCUAUUUCUACUAUUUCAGAGGCCACUGCCUACACUUUGUACACAGAAGAUCUGCAGAACACAAAGAAGGAUGACGACAAUGCAGCAACAAGGGAGUCAAUACAAACGGAUUCUGAAAAUGUGGAUGAUCUCCUUUCUGAGGAUUUUCUCCUGCCUGUGACGACAACUCGCUCACCGCUUUUUUCUACAACUCCUAAAGUGACGAAUGAUGACGAUUAUGUGUGGUGGAAUGAAAAAAUAAUAAGCACAAUGCCCAGUCUGGUUUUCACUUCAGAGGAGCCUCCACAGGUUGUGGAAUGCGAGGAAUAUGGUGAAGGAGCUGAAAAAAACGAGGACAUUUUCACUGAGGAGGUCACUCUGACUCCAAGACCUGCUGCUCCAACUCCCGGACAUCAAACCACUAUCAAUUAUAUUGUUACUAGAACAGUGAGUGCUCAGGAAACAGACGAACAUGAUGAUUAUGAGUACAGCUACGAAGAAAAAAGUACAUUAGGUUCUGAAGAUGAAGAGAGUCCAGAACCUGUCAGCUCUCCCACACCAGAAACUAUAAUCCAGGUUAAGACUGAACUGGAUGAAGGUGCUUCAGAAAUACCUCAAACAACCAGUCAAUCAACAUUAUUUCCUGUGGACUUUAAUUUUGAUACAGUAUAUGCCACUAGUGAGAGUAAUCCAUGGGAUUCAGACCUCAGUGCAACCUCACUUCCUGCCUCUGAGACAUCCACUCCUCUCCCCGAUCCCUUUCUGCUACUCUCAGGUAACCAGGAGGCGUCUGAGGACUCCACAUCGUUAACUGGAACUGAAAUCAUACCUCCUACAAACCUGGACGGAACUACCCGGACUCCUCCAGCGCAUUUCCUGCCAGCUACAGUGAAACGGACACCGACAAAACCCACCUACAGUGAAAGAACUGGAACAGACUCCUCGUCUCCAGCUCUGUCGUUCGAUUCAGCUGAUUUUGACUACAAUGAAAUAGUCGUUCCCCCGAUGUUGAGGAGCAGCAGUAACACUGAUCCAGAUGCAACACAUGUGCAGCACAUGGAAUCACCAACACCUGCUAUGCACACUUUGCCAACACAUCCUCCGAUUCUGUGGCCCUUUCCAACAUCAACCCCAACUACAGCCUCCACACAGGUCACUACAGCUGCCUACUGGGUCACCGGAAACUGGAGCACUUGCUCCACCAGCUGUGGUCUCGGUGCCAUCUGGAGGACUUUGGCUUGCAGUACUGGCUCUGACUCCGACUGUGAUCCGGCCAAGAGGCCUGCACCAGCCCAACGAUGUUACCUGCGCCCCUGCGCCACAUGGAAAGUUGAGGAAUGGAGCAAGUGCUCCAAGAAUUGUGACAUCGGCAUUAAAUUACGAGAGGUUCAGUGUUUUGACCUGCGGGAUCAACGACCCCUACGACCUUUCCACUGCAGGGCCAUGUCCUCCAGGCCGCACACCCAAAUGACCUGUAACCUUCAGCCAUGUCUCGACUGGUACACGUCCUCCUGGGGUCAGUGCUCUGAGGUGUGUGGGGGAGGGGACCAGCAGCGUAUGGUCACAUGUCCAGAGGAAGAUCGAUGUGACGAGGACCUUCAGCCCAGCAACAUACAACCGUGUAAUAAUCAGUCCUGCAUUCAGUGGCUUACUGGAUCAUGGGGAGAGUGUUCGGCUUCCUGUGGUGGCGGAGUGCAGCGUCGACUCAUCAAAUGUGUGAACACGAAGGCUGAGACAGAAGAAGAAGUGGAUCAAGCUCAAUGUGGCCAGGAGCUGCGCCCUGAAAGCAUCAAGAAGUGUAACUUACAGGAGUGCAAAGGCUCUCCAUCUGGAGCAGUUUGCCCUCGAGAUCGCCUAACAUUUCGUUUUUGUCAGACUCUCCGCUUGCUCGGCCGCUGCCACCUACCCAAUGUACGAGCACAGUGCUGCAAAACCUGCAGCCAGCGUGCCCGUUCCAGCAGCACGUCUCGCCGCUGACCUGCAACAAAGUAACCACUCAACAGAAACACUGAUGACAUAAAUCAUCAUUUAAAGUCAACAAUCUGAGCCUCUUUAUGUUUUCAUCACCACUAAAGACUAAUUAUGAAUUAGUCCCACUCCAAAACUCGGCGUGUUUGUACUGGUGACAUUAUUAUACAGGUCUGAAAUUAAUUUCCUCUUUCUUAGCAAAACGAUGAGAAUGUAAAUAUUUGUUUGCACUUUUUUAUUAUACAGUUUGACCAGAAUGUCACUUUUAUAAAUCAAGAUUUCUUGCGGCGCUGCAUAAGAGCUCUCCUAUGUAGCCAAUUUAAUAAUGCGUUAUUACACAUGUAGAUAAACCACUCAUUCACCAUUAUGGUUGGUACAGUGCUUUCAUUUUAUGGACAGCAGCAGAAACUGAUUAAAACAAACAGGUAUACAAUUUGCAAUGUGGUUUUUACGCAUAUGUGGUACAAGCGUUAUGAAGCAAGAAAUACAUGGUGCAAAAAUGCUUCAUGUGACAUUUAUAAAUGAUUGAUCAUUCGCUAACCUCCUCAGUUACUGUGGCUACACCUGGAUUAAUGCAGAAAAUAAACUCUAUGGCAAACAGAAAUGAAUUAAACUUACAUGUAAGUAUCAUUGUAUCAGUAGCAGUAUCAUCAUAAAUGCAAUUGCCAGAAGUAAAAAAAACUGAAGUUAGGCUACAAACACACACACCUUUGUAGCAUGACUUUAACUUCACCACUAAACUAUUGUAAUACCACUUAGCCACUUGUUAGCGACCGCCGCAUGAAAAGAUUUACUUAAGUAUUUGAUGUCAAAGAAUAAGACAGUAAGAUCUCUUAAGCUUUUGUUAAUCAAAAAACAUAUUUUCAGGCAUAUAACAAAAAACCCAUUAAAAAAAAACAUUGACAUUGACUGCAAAAAGGGCGACUCAUUCCCAGGUUUA